AUGCUCACUCCACCCAAGAUCAAGAAAAGGGCCGCCGCCCCCAUUGGCCGCCGGAAUUUAUUGAAGAAGACGUGCCACCCGAGUCAAAGAGGAGUCCGGCGGAAGAACAGCGGAUCAAAACACGCACGCACAUCAGCUUUGGCCCCACCAUCGCAUGGUCAUCAAAACGCGCAACUCAACUCACCAGCCGUGCACACGUGUCUCCCCCAUGCCACAUCAUCAUUAUCCCACCGGGCCGGUUUCCAAUCAUGUACCUGUGGUUGUCUUAAUUCAGUGAGGGUUUUGGAAGAAAAGCAAGUUCUUGAUAUUGACCAAGUGGUUUCUGAAGCCUGUAAUAAUAGUGUGAAGUUCGUAUUCGAUCACGAGCAAGAAAUUAGGGUUUCCGAGUUGGGUAGUAACUCGGGCCGAGUCGUCGAAUUUGCAGACGAGGAGGAGAUUUUUAACAUGCCGGUUUUGUUGGAUAGCAUGGCGGAAGGGAUGCUUCUCACUCCAUUAGCUAUGAAGAAAGGCUUCAAUUGGACCCAAUAUUAUAAUCACGACGAAGACGACGACAACGAUGCCAUGGGGUUGACUUUGUGGGUUGACUAA